AUGGAGGCUAGAUCAAGGGAAGAGAGGUUAAAGAUGGAGGCUAGGACCAAGCAAUUGGUAGAAGCUGAGAGGGAAAAUUUUCUGAGUCAGCUUUCCAAAUACAUCCCCAAUUUUGAUCCAAGCGUGCAGAAACUGAAUACAAUGUCCCAAAUCCAAGGGCAAAGUCCCAAAAAUCCAAUGUCGGACAAAGCAAGCUGCUCUGGAGCACUUGAUGUUAGAGCCUUUCAAUUUGAGGAGGAUACUGCCAAGAAUGGGGAAAAGCAUGAAGAAAUGAUGUCCGGGGAAGUAGAAAAGAGAGUAGAAGGAAAGAUAGUUGAGAUAGUUGAACAGCUGGAGUUGCCAUCUUCUUUACAAUCCAUUUGUAGCUAUGUGGAAUCGACACUAAAGCCUCAGGGGAAGGCUAUGACCUUUACUAUUGAGAAGGAGGUGUUUGGCAUAGAUCGUAAUACCUUCGUCUUGCAUGAAGAUAUUACCCAAUUUGCUGGCAUGGAGGAAAUUGGGGCUACUGUAGUUGCAGUAUAUAUGAGGUGCCUAUUUGAUCAUUUGAAAGCUGCAAAUAUGGUAAAUAUGGUUGGCUUUAUAGACCCUGCUCUAGUUAGUGCCGACACUGGUUCAUUAACUGAAAGAUCACGUGUCGUAUUCAGUCGACUUCAAAAAACAGAUGGUGAACAGAUUUUCCUGAUGCCUUAUAAUCCAGGCCGUCAUUGGGUCUUGAUCAUUGUGAGAGCAAAGAAGGAGACCAUCUAUUUUCUGGAUCCACUGCCUGGCAAUCGAGUUGUGGAUGAGGAGGGGAAAAACAUAGUGAACAGUGCUUUAAAAAUGUAUAAUUCACAUAUAGGCAGAGUAGGCCGUAAAGCAACUCUUUGGAAAACUCUGCCCGGCACUCCAAAGCAACCAAGCAGCGUAGAAUGCGGGUAUUAUGUCAUGCGCUUUAUGAGAGAUAUCAUAAAGGAUACUUCCCUGGAAUUUGAGAAGAUGUUUGCCAAGGGAAAGGAUCAAGCGCCAUACCCCCAAGCUGCCAUUGAAGAAGUUAGGAAAGAAUGGGCAGAGUUUGUUUGUGUUCAUAUGGAGUAG